CAAGGGCUCCCCGUCGCUCCGCGGGCUGCUCCCUACAGGUGCUGGGGCCCGCCCACUUCCCUGUACACGUGAUCCAAGUUCGUGAACCUUGACCUCCUACCCCACCCCAAGCCCUCAGUGCCUGGGGUGAGCCGGGCUGGGUGGGAGGACGGAUAUCGGCUGGAACGUGGAGCAAGUGUUUAUUGAAGGCCUAGUAUGUGGUGACAUUGCUGGAUACUUGGGAUGCAAAGCUCCACUGGGGCCAUGUCAGAGCGAGAAGAGCGGCGAUUUGUGGAGAUCCCUCGGGAGUCAGUCCGCCUCAUGGCAGAGAGUACAGGACUGGAGUUGAGUGACGAAGUGGCAGCCCUUCUCGCUGAGGAUGUGUGCUACCGUCUCAGAGAAGCCACACAGAACAGCUCUCAGUUCAUGAAGCACACGAAACGGAGGAAGCUGACCGUUGAGGAUUUCAACAGGGCCCUCAGGUGGAGCAGUGUGGAGGYUGUGUGUGGUUAUGGGUCUCAGGAGGCACUGCCUCUGCGCCCUGCCAGGGAGGGUGAACUCUACUUUCCUGAGGACCGAGAGGUGAACCUGGUGGAGCUGGCCCUGGCUACCAACAUCCCCAAAGGCUGUGCUGAGACAGCUGUCAGAGUUCAUGUUUCCUACCUGGAUGGCAAAGGGAACCUGGCACCUCAAGGAUCAGUGCCCAGUGCGGUAUCUUCACUGACGGAUGACCUGCUCAAGUACUAUCAGCAAGUGACACGGGCUGUGCUAGGGGAUGAUCCACAGCUGAUGAAGGUCGCUUUGCAGGACCUUCAGACAAACUCCAAAAUUGCAGCACUCCUGCCUUACUUUGUUUAUGUGGUCAGUGGGGUAAAAUCUGUAAGCCAUGACUUGGAGCAGCUGCACCGGCUGCUGCAGGUAGCACGGAGCCUGGUUCGCAACCCACACCUCUGCCUGGGGCCCUAUGUCCGCUCCCUGGUGGGCAGUGUCCUUUACUGUGUUUUGGAGCCACUGGCUGCCUCCAUCAACCCCCUGAAUGACCACUGGACUCUGCGGGAUGGGGCUGCCCUCCUGCUCAGCCACAUCUUCUGGACUCAUGGGGACCUUGUAAGUGGCCUCUACCAGCAGAUCCUGCUUUCCCUGCAGAAGGUCCUAGCAGACCCUGUGCGGCCUCUCUGCUCUCACUAUGGGGCUGUGGUGGGGCUGCAUGCUCUUGGUUGGAAGGCAGUAGAAAGAGUCCUGUACCCACACCUGUCUACUUACUGGACAAACCUKCAGGCUGUGCUGGAUGAUUAUUCUGUAUCUAAUGCUCAGGUCAAAGCAGAUGGACACAAAGUUUAUGGAGCCAUUCUGGUGGCUGUAGAGCGCCUCCUGAAGAUGAAGGCUCAAGCAGCAGAGCCCAGCGCGGGUGGCCCAGGCGGCAGGGGGUUCCGGCGUUCGGAAGACCUGCCUUGGGACAGCCUUCUCCUUCAGGAGUCUCCUUCCGGGGGCGGUGCAGAGCCAAGCUUUGGGUCUGGUCUUCCGCUGCCACCAGGGGGAGCGGGGCCUGAGGACCCCUUUCCCUCAGUGACCCUGGCGGACAUCUACCGUGAGCUCUACGCCUUCUUCGGUGACAGCUUGGCCAUCCGCUUUGGCACGGGCCAGCCUGCACCCACUGCCCCAAGGCCGCCCGGCGAGAAGAAAGAGCCGGCAGCCGCCCCGGACUCAGUGCGGAAAAUGCCGCAGCUGACGGCCAGUGCCGUGGUCAGCCCGCAGGGUGACGAGAGCCCCCGGGGUGGCGGCGGUCCCCCGUCGGCCUCGGCGCCUGCGCCCUCUGAGGGCAGGCCGCUGCCGCGCGUGCACCGGGCGCGGGGAGCGCCCCGGCAGCAGGGCCCGGGCGCCGGCACGCGCGACGUCUUCCAGAAGAGCCGUUUUGCCCCGCGCGGCGCCCCCCACUUCCGUUUCAUCAUCGCCGGGCGGCAGGCCGGGCGGCGCUGCCGCGGGCGCCUCUUCCAGACUGCCUUCCCCGCGCCCUACGGGCCCAGCCCGGCCUCCCGCUAUGUGCAGAAGCUGCCCAUGAUCGGCCGCACCGGCCGCCCGGCCCGUCGCUGGGCGCUGUCGGACUACUCGCUGUACCUACCGCUCUGAGGUUGCCUGUCCCCGCCUCCCAAAUAAAUGUCGCGUCCGGAA